GAGAGCGAACAGAUUGCUUGAAAUGCUGACUGAGUCAAAGCACAAGGGACAGAUUAUUAACUCAAGCGAGCGCACCAACAAGCAAUCGUCCAAAACGUGAAGUCUGACUAUUAAUAAAGACCAAAUAGUGGUUUAUUCAUCUAGCUGACGAUAAUCCAUCCAAUAUUCCAUCAGAAAUGAAUUUUUCAUAGCAAUUGUUGUUUGAUUGGAAGUUUAGUGCGCAGUUAACGAUUUUUAUACCCAGUACAAAAACGAAAGGGGGAAAAUUAAGAUAAUUAUUGCUGCUGAUUUGGAAGGAAAAUGAACAAGAAAUGCAUAGUGACUGCAACGCACAUUCUCCUCUUCUUACGAUGUUUAACCUUCGUUAAGCCACUUCCUAUCCUAUCUGAGGAACCUGAUUAUGACACCGUCCACGACUACCAUUAUGAGACGAGCUUCGUGACACCUGAUGACGACAUCGACGAACUCGCCCAUCUAAGAUGGUCCGUCAAUUAUACGACGUCGUUGCUACGUUACAUGCUCAGCGUACCGUUGUUCGACGAUGACACUGCAGAUGAUACAGAGAGCAAGGGUGACAAUUUUCCCGCCCUUUCUCAUGCAGGCCGUGAAUGGUUGGCUGUGGGAAUGUCACCCUACGGUGCAUAUACUGAUGCUGAUAUGGUGACGUUUAUUAGGGGAUCAAAUGACGUAAUUACUAUUUUGGACACGUAUACAGAUGAAUAUGGAGUGCUAACCGUGGACGACAAACAAGAUUACAAGCUAUGGAACGCUUGGAUAAGGCAACCGUCAAGCAAUGAAGAUGACGACAGCGAUGAUGUGAAGAGAAAAUGGCUGGUAAUUGAGUACGGGAGAAAGAUCGAUACUUGUGAUGAUAAAGACUACUUAGUUGAGAGGGGUACGACUCAUCUGCUCUUUCUGCGCGGUCCUGGAUCCUGGCCUCUAAACGAUACAGUGGAGUCCUCUGUUACACCCCUCCAUAACUCGUUAAGAAGGGUAACACUACUUAAACCAGAUCGACCCAUUCCACGUUUUCCAUCUGAUACCAAAAUUAUUGAGGUUACCGUUGAUGACAUUACUGUUCCAGGUGAUGACACUACAUAUUGGUGUAAAGUUUCCAAGUUUCCUGACGCAGAUGUAAAACAUCACAUUGUAAAGUAUGAGGUAGAGGUAACAGAAGGCAACGAGGACCUCGUUCACCAUAUCGAGGUCUACCAUUGCGACGUUGAUUCCGACGUGGAAGUGUCCCUUUACCAGGGUCGUUGUGAUGACCGCCCAGCUGGGUCAUCGAGUUUAGCGUGUAGUCAAGUGAUAGGAGCAUGGGCUAUGGGUGCUGAGGCAUUUGUGUAUCCAGAAGAGGCAGGUAUCGCUAUAGGAGGACCAUCAACAUCAAGCUACAUCAUGAUUGAGAUCCAUUAUAAUAAUCCAUCUAGAAAAUCAGGUAUUCAAGAUAGUUCUGGUCUUCGUUUCUACUACACUCCGACACUAAGACCAUUCGAUGCCGGUAUCAUAGAGCUUGGUUUGAUCUAUACUCCUAAACUAUCUAUACCUCCCGGUAUGGAUGAAUUUAUUCUCACUGGACAUUGCCUCUCACCAUGUACACGAAAGGGGUUUCCUCAACGGGGAAUCAAAGCGUUUGCAUCUCAACUGCAUACACAUUUAACAGGCACUGCUGUAUGGACCAAACAUGUACGAGACGGUAAAGAGCAACCAGAACUGAAUAGAGAUGAUCAUUUUAGCUCAGAUUUCCAGGAAAUCCGAAUUUUACCCAAGCCAGUUCAUAUUCUGCCAGGAGACACACUGAUCACAUCUUGCCAAUACGACACUAGCAAGAAAGACAACGUUACCGUGGGUGGAUAUGGAAUCCUGGAUGAGAUGUGUGUUAACUACGUACACUACUACCCACGGACUCCUCUUGAGGUCUGUAAAAGCACCAUCUCAAAAAGGGUUCUCAAAAACUUCUUCUACUGGGCCAACGGUCAUGAAAAGGGCAACGAACUACCUGAUGACGAGAUCGUUGAGAGAUUUCAGAGUCUCGAAUGGACGAGAAAAACAAAGAGGGUUUGGCAAAAGAUCAUCCACGAAACUAACGUCGACAUGGAUUGCUUGCGACCCGCUGGAGUUUCGUUCACGGGAAACUGGAAGGACAUGAAGAGAGAAAGUAUUCGGACCCAUUUAUCACAAACCCCUGAUACAUGCACCAACAAAUAGGACUAAGAUGGUUUUCAAACAUUGCUUUGAAAUUUUCAAUAACUGCUGAUAGAAAGAAUGCUGACGAUUGACAAAAAUUAAUGGCUGGAUUUAUACAGGUGGAUUUUGCAAAAUCUAUCUUUAUUUCGCUGAUAUUUGCAUGAAAAAUAUUGAUUCGAAACUUAUGUAUAGCAUAUCCUUAUAUUGCAAAUUCUCUAUGUUAUCUAUUCAAUGAAAGUUUGGAAGAAGGUACUGUUCCGCUUGAUUGGAAACGUACUAAAACAUACGUACUGGAAGUUCAUUAUGAAAGAGAGCCCACUUUUUCCCAGUAAAACAAAACAUGAAUACCUGGCACUUUUUAUUUCAAAAAAAUUGUGGUUUUGUGUCAUGAGAAAGAAAUUACACAAAUAUCCAUUAAAAUUGUAUUAUGAUGAGGAAGUUUUGGGUGGGGCAAGAAAUGGGAAUCAAAAUACAGCAGAGGUACAUGACAGUAUACUUUAAAUAUUAAACUCUGAAGAAUGAUGAAAUUUUACUAAAAAGACAAUAAACAUUAACACAAAUGACAGAAAUUCUUCCAAAAUAUGACAGGCGGACAAAAAUAUUGUAGUGCACUAAAAGAGAAAAAAUGAUUCGGCUUAUAAUAAGUGAUCUUUUUUCCUUUGAAAUAAAUGUAAAAAGUAAAAUGAAAGGAGAAUUGCCCCACAUAGGCCUAUAUAUUUAGUAUAAAGUUGAAGAUACCGCA